AGAAGUAGGAGGAGGAAAAAUGAAACGUAACAAGAAGGAGGAGGAGGAGGAGGAGGAGGAGGUGAAUUGUCAGACACCUCGCCCACAAAAAGCCGAUGCAGAUGCGCCUGAGCGGUGAACACGUGCGACGCUUGAUGUUUUUGCAACAGGCGCGUUCAAACGCGGUGAGAUGUCCAGAAAAUUGUCUCAAAAUGAUGCCAUCGAAAAUAUAUCUAAGUGGAAUACAAAUGACGUCUUGUGUCUCCUAAGAAAGAAUGGUUUGGAAGAAUGCUGUACAGCAGUUUCGAAACGGCAAAUCGACGGUGACGAUUUUUUGCACUUGACUGAAGGGAAGUUGGCUCUAUGGAAGAGUGACCUCACUCGUUCUUUGAAAUGGGAACUUCGUACAUUGGUAGAAAAAAUAAAUCAAUAUCCGGAGAAAUAUGUACAAGAACACAAUAUUGAAACUGAACAACAACAAGAACAACAACAACAACAAGAACAACAGCAGCAGCAGCAGAACGAGGAUCACAUGAGCGAUACCAGUUCUUGGGACACAGAUUUUGAAGAUGACAUAACGGAAGAACAACAUAUUAAUUCUACUUUUACUGAUACCAAGAACAUUAAUGAUAAUAAAAUUAAUUUGAAUUAUGGUAACGAUCAUGAUAUUUCGACAAAAAUGACAAAUAUCCAAAGUAUUAAUGAGCAUGUUGAUGAACAUUUAAUUAAAGGAGACGACAAAGAGGAUGAAACGACAUAUCAAAAUUUGGAAUUUACCAUAUCUGACUUUAAUAGUGCAUACACUAAUUAUCAAGACAACAUGAUGACCAAUCAACCAUCUAAAAAUGUUUCAAAGUUACAUGGAACUAUAGAAAAAUCUUUGGCCGAACAAUUGAAAGAAGAAUUGAAAUUGAGAAAUUCUAAGAAACCAAUAUUAAGACCAAAACCCGAUUCAUUGCUCAUUUCAAAUAGGCCGAAAAAUGUUACGACGAUUUCAGAACAAUCGCAAAAAUCAUUUUUACAUGAUGAAUCCAAAACGAAAUCACGAACACUAAGUGAUCUACAAAAAAGAAUGGCUGUACCACCACCACCGGCACCUAAAAUACCUAACGUCGAACAAAAUUUGUCCAAAAUAGGAAAAAACGAACAAGAAUUAUUAUCUAAACCGUCCAUAUCGAUUAGAAAUUUAGAUUUAAUUGCUAAUUUACCAACCAGACAGGAGGAAAGUGAGGACGCAUAUGAACAAUUUGACGAUCAAAUAAUAGAACAAAAUCAAAGAUCGAUGAUCUCGAGAAUCGACAGUAAACAGUCAUUGACCAGUGGAGCCCAAAGUUCUAUAGAAAGUGUUUAUCAACCUCUUAGUACGACCAGCUGUGAAGAGGAGGAAGAACUCUACGAGAUUUAUGAAUCCAUUAGAGAUCCGCCUGAAAAUAAUGUUAAUUAUAUAGAACCACUACAAACAACACCAAACAGUAAUAUUCUACCACCGCCAUUACCUGUCAAACCAGCCAUUACACCACCCCCAACGUUGCACGUGACAAAAUCGAAGAACAAUGCAAAUGUACGUCGACAAGCAAGCCUAUCCGAGUGUCUGACUCAAGCUGCUCUGACACAAGCACGUCUAAAUUUAGCAAAACGUUCACCAGACAAAAAGUCAGCGACCUUGCCACAUUAUGGUAGCAAUACUUCAUUAUCAUCAAGCGAAAGAGCUACGAGACCAUUACCACCACCACCAGAUCGAUUAUCUUACAUAGACAAGCCUUGGUUUCACAAUGUUACUCGUUCUCAAGCCAUAACACUUAUUACGGAACAAAGUACUUACGGUAAUCCGCAAGAUGGUUAUUUUCUUUUGAGACCUUCUACAACCAACGUUAAUAGUCCAUUGGCUCUUGUACUUUGGUGCAAGGAUAGGGUUUAUAAUAUUCCCGUUAGAAAAAGAUCUGAUAAUAGGUACGCUUUGGGAUCUCCAAAAUUAAACGAACAAUCGUUUUCAAGUGUUGAAGAAAUCGUAACGUGUUACACAAAAGAAGAAUUGGUACUUUAUACAGGUGGCGUACAAACAGGAAGUACGAAAUUAACAGAUACACCAUCGAAAUGAAAUACAAACAAACAUGUCUCACAAUCGAGUGAUAAUGAUAUCAGUGUUAAAUAACACCCAUUUUGAUAAUUGAAUCGAUUCACUUUUUGUAACGGUGUUUAAUCGAGAUCGUAUUUUUUUUUAACAAUGUCGCAAAAGAAAAAGAAAAAAGAAA